AAGUUACGUGCGACACCGCGGAGUUGCGCCUUCUGGGCGCUUAUGUGCACAGACUACAUUUACACACAGCCCAGCGAACUCGUCAAAACCCACUUUUCUACCAGUGACGAUUUUUGUCUGAAGGAAAGCCAUCUACGCGCAGUAAUGAUAAUAGGCAAAGAGACGGCACUGGUCAUCAUCUUAUUUUACCGGGCAUCUCUGGCUCAAGAUGACGUGGCUCUGGCCAACGACUACGUCGACAACGUGCUGGAGAAGAUGCGCAACGACCGCGAUUUGUUGGCCGCGAUUGACCCCCUCCAGGUGCCGGACGUCGGCGAGAACAGCUUCCAGAUCACGGGCGGCCAGGUGCUUGGCCUGUCCGCCUUCUACCGCUCCAGCAACAGCACCGUCCAGCUGUCGCACGACACGGCCAUCGUGACCACGCCAGCGGCUGUCAACGACGUCUUCUUCACUGGCCGACACCGGGCGUCGCGCUUCGGUCUCACCAUCACCGGCGACAUCGAGGCUUCGGUGAACCGCGUGAACACGCUCAUCGUCUACCGAGCGCCGAUCAAGGGCGGAGAGGCACGCCUGGAGUACUUUCAGGUGGACAAACUGGACGGUCUGAAGGUGACGCGCAUCACGGGCGUGUCGACGGCCUUCAACUGGCUGCUCAGGAUCGUAGCCAACCGCGUGGCGCGCCACUUCCAGGGACGCAUCGAGGCCGCUCUGCAGGAUGAGGUCUCCAAGUUUAUCGCCACGCAGGUGGACAGGAGCCGCUUUCCAGCACUCUCCGGCAAUGGCAGCAGGAUUUCAAGCGACAGCUUUGCCUACCCCGGCGCACCUUUUUGAAGCUCACCGAGGCGUUUACGGACGAGUUCAUGAAACGUCGAAAUAUAAAUGUCGAAAACAAAACCUU